GGUUCACAAAAUUUUAUUUCCGCGGAGCACAAGAGAACCCUAAAGAUCUCUUUCUCUGUUUUCGACAAUGGCUUCGAGAAGCUCGAACGGUACAUCCAUGGGCCCCACCUCCACGGACGAGGUCAAGAAGAUCUUCAGCAAGUUCGACAAGAACGGAGACGGGAAGAUCUCGUGCAGCGAGCUCAAGGACAUUCUCCAUGCGCUCGGGUCUAUGACCUCGUCGGAAGAGGUCGAGCGCAUAAUGUCCGAGAUCGACAAGGACGGCGACGGAUUCAUCAGCCUCGACGAGUUCGCAGAGUUCCACCUCGGUGGAUCGUCGUCGAACGAUUCGCAGAGUUAUACCAGGGAGCUCCGCGACGCGUUCGACUUGUACGACCUUGACAAGAACGGGCUGAUCUCUGCCAGCGAGCUCCAUGCGGUGCUGAAGCGGCUGGGAGAGAAGUGCACGCUCGUGGACUGUUCCAAGAUGAUCAGUGCCGUCGACGCCGACGGCGACGCUCACGUGAAUUUCGAGGAGUUCAAGAACAUGAUGAGCCGUGGUUAAUUAGGUCUCCCGGAACCGAAGGUAGGUUACUCAUCAUUGAAAACAGUCUUUUAACAAAUUAUAGUAGAACAAAAAUCAACGGUAGAUUAGAGAUUUGUUAGAUUGACGUAGUAUUGGAACUAGAAUUAGGCCUGCUUGGAUUGAAUUGUUAAUAUGGUUUCAUUUUCAUGGUUAUGGAUUAGGUUCAUGCAAAUCUUGUGAAUGCUUGGAUUUUAUGUGCUUUGUAUGGUUGUUUAUUUCCACCACUGCUUGACUAACUUUGACUUUGCCAUACAAGUAGUGGAAGCAGCACAAAUAGUAGUGAAAUUGGGAAUAGUUGUU